CAAAUUCGCACAACAACAAAAAACGACAGGACGAAUAAUUUGUGAGAUUAGAGAACGAAGAACGAACGAUAACGAAGGUUAAAUGGCAGCCCUUUGCUGAAAACGACAAGCUCAAGCCACUGUUAAACAGUUUGAUGGAUAAAACUGCGGGUGAAUGGGCAAGUGCUCGAUGCAUGGAAAGUGGAAUCUGCUGCGGUCCUUUACUACACUUACAACCUCGAAUGGCGGCGGCAGGAGUUAGGCCUUUUUUAUCAAUGCAAGAUUCAACUUCUCCAUAUUUUAAUGUUUUUGAAAAAAAGAAUUUCACCAAAAUUGCAGCUGCCUGUCCAUCAGAUGUUAUGCAUAAAACAACCCUAUACUCAAAUAAAGACAUUGUUUAUGUGGGUGAUAGUUUUGCAAGUAAUGGUUCAUUCACUUUCCACGGAGAUGUUUGUUACAGAUUCAACCCAGGUAAAUGUCUUAAAAGAAAGCCAGAAGAAGAUUCCAGUUCUCUAUUACCAAGUAGAAAGCAACAUAUUACAGAAGAAAGAAUGGCUCAGAGUAUGCAGAAUCUCAGUCUUGACAAUAAUCUGAAUUUAGGAUCAGUUAAACAAAUGAAUGAUGAUAGUGACUUUGAAGACGACUCAGAUAUAGAUGACAGUGAUAUCAUAGAACAAAGCCUUGAUCCAGUUUUCGAACUGCAUGUUGAUCUAAAAGAAAACUUCAAGAAGAUGACUACAAUAUUACCAGAUAGCAUUUUAGAUGAUAUGGUAAGGCCUGAAGAUUCAAAUUUGGCCAUCGUUCCUUAUAUACCACGUGAUGCAUUAUUUCUGAAAACGCUUUCUCCGGGAAAACAAGAGAUCAGGCAGCCUGAAUCUAGGAGAUAUGACGAAGAUUCGAAUGACAGUUUCGAUCAGGAAGAUGAAAUGGAUGUUGUUAACAUUGAAAGCUAGGUAAUGACCUGAAGCUGAAGUGGGUUUUCUGCAGUCCUAUUACAGACUGUUCUAUCAUAUGCUGCUUUGCCACCUUCAGAAUAUAUGACAUAACAUUGGAAAAUGUUGAAUGCAGAACUUAUUAGAGUCCGUAUAUUUGAAAUUGUCAAGGUAUUUAGAUUGUUUACUAUUUGCCUCAAAACGAGAACUCUUUAAGGGACUUUUAGUCUGUUUAAAAGGCAUAUUUUGUACCAUACGCUCUUUUAUUAUAAAUAGUCGUGUGACUUUAUAUGGGACAAAGAGAGAUCAUCCAAGAAAGACGUUAACAUAUUUGAACAGUUAGCAAAGAUGAAUACUCACGUUGCAACUGAAGACACACUUUCGUUCGUAUUUUAAUGUUAUUUUGAUAACUAGAAUAGACCAAACAAUUUUAAAUGGUCUUUUAUUUUCAAUGCAUAUGUAUGUUCACUUAUGCUGACGCAUUUUAAUGAAACUUAUUUAUAUGAAGUAGUCUUCUAUUUGGAGUGGGCAACGCUUUUAAUGAGGAUUACAAUUUUUAAGCUUUCGAGGCGAUGAUAAUCUUUCACUCUUAAUAACAAUGAUUUGAGCAGUUGGCAAUUAUAAAAUCAUCUUCUUCUUCCAAUGUCAUCUAUGUGAAUUUAAGAUACCUUAAAUUCAGAUUUUGCAGGCAUUUAAAGACCGUUAAUAGAAGAGUAACGUUACAUGUUUUUUAUACAUGACACACACCCUUUGAAUUAUUGCUCGUUGUUUCUAAUUUUUUGAGCCAUAUAAGACUAAAAUCUUUCUUUUUUAUUUCUUGACUGCUUUAACUUUUUAUGAUGCUAGUAUAAAUAACGGUACUUUUGUUUACAUUUUAUUCAGCCUGCACACUUUACACAUUCAAGUUAUUUCACGUUUAAUUCUAUUUGCUUUGUAUUUUAUCCCUCUUUAUAUUUUUCUUCCUUGAAUUUUUUUUCUUUAUUAACCUAUAUGUGUUUCUUUAAUUUAUUGUCAGUGCUUCAGAAAUUUAAACCUCGUGCUUUUUACACACAUUUCUUGUAUACCAGAAUGAUUUUUUAACAUCCAUCCUCAUUAGAAUUGAAAUAGUCAUGUUAUGAAAAGGAAAAGAGUUGUUUGCAACUUAGUAUCUUCAGCAUCAUUAUUCACCAAUUAUUUCAAAUAGAAUUUGAUAUUUUUGUCAAAGAGGUGGCCUGUGGGGUUUUAAUUUUCAAGCCUUUUUAUGUAACAGUUCCUCAUCUAAGGAUGAGCCAGCCAGGUCGCACAGGGUGUUAAAGUUCUAUUUUAGAUGACAUUUGGAUAUAUUUUUAAGACAGGUCUAUGCGAAUACUCGUUACACUCUAUUAUAUACACAGAAUUUGUCUUCGAAAAAUCAAGUUGACUAUUGAGUGUUUUUUGCGGAACUCUUCUUUUUGCAAAAUGAAGAGAAUUCCAUGUCAGCCAACUGAGAUCUUCCUUUUAAAGAUGUAGCAAUCUCAAGUGGAAGCAGCUUUUCCCUUUACACACAAUCUACAGACAAACAUUUCGCUAAGCAUCUUUGUACUUUGAGGAACCGUUUUUUAUAUUGUGUAAGUCCGCCUUGGCAAAUGAAUGAACUUUGGGUUAGAUUGUUUGGUCUUCAUUUUGUGAAUUUUUAUAAUAUUAUGUGAAGAGACUCGAUCGGUAGGGGGAAUCUUAAUUUGACCUCAUUGUCGUAACUGCAUGAAGAAAAUUUAAUCAAGCUUCGACGAAAAAUUUCGGAAAAACACAAGCCUCUGAGCAGCCUUGAGGGAGGAGCAUUUUUAGUGAAUUUGUAUGGAUUUGCUUGAUCAAAUUUCCGUAAGAAGAUCACGAGACAACGAACUUAAUUUUGUGUAAGGUUCACGCCUAUACCCGGUUAAAAAGACAGCCAGCGUGGGUCAUCUAAUCUUCUACGAAACUUUAAGCUGACGACGUAAGCCUGUACAUCUGCUGUCUGUGAGAUACAUUUUUGACAGAAAUCUAUUUUUUCUUACAUGUCACGCUUUUUCCACCUGUAAUUUGUUUGGUUCGAAAUGUUCGGUGAUUGUAAACAAACAGCUGAAAGACAAAACUGUAUGAUAAGGAGUAUUGUAUAUUUUCUCACCUGAUCAUAGCAAUUUGCAUCUCUGCCCUAUUUUCUAGUUUUCCCAAACAAUACCAAUUUUAUUUGAUGAUGAAUUCAUUAAUGCCAAUAUAACCUGAUUUGCUUUAAACUGUGAUAUUCUUGUUUACCCCCGAACAGUGCAUUAGGAUUCGUGAAUCUUCGUGGCGAUUUUUCCCCAAAUAGUGAAGUAGUAUUUUCAAAACAGCAGAAUUUUCA